CCACUUGCACCCCAUAUCAUACAUCCUCAAUAAUGGAGGGUCUGAUCAUUAGCGGGUGCACCACGUCCACCGGCACCCAUCGCCGUCCUCCCCUUCACAGCCUUGAGCCGUCGCGCCUGACGGGUUUUAAUCGUGUGUUUGCUGCAGUUUAUACAUGUGCCAUCCUCGCCUUGAUCUAUCACCGUUCAUUCAAACUCAUCCACUCCGCCACCUUACCCUCCUUCUCCAUCUCCCUCUCCAUGCUAAUCUCCGAUCUUCUUCUUGCUUUCAUGUGGGCUGCCACGCAGCCUUAUCGGUUGCGUCCAAUCCACCGUAAGGAGUUCCCCGACAACCUCGGAGAGAUCGUGAAAGAAUCAGAUUUCCCUGCACUCGACGUGUUCAUAUGCACCGCCGACCCCUACAAGGAGCCGCCGAUGGGCGUGGCAAACACGGCCUUAUCCGUGAUGGCGUAUGAUUAUCCAACGGAGAAGAUCUCCGUCUACGUAUCGGACGAUGGAGGCUCGCAGCUCACUCUCUUUGCUUUCAUGGAGGCUGCUAAGUUCGCAAGCCACUGGUUGCCGUUUUGUAGAAAGAACAACGUAGUUGAGCGGAGCCCAGAAGCAUACUUUGCUUCGAGUAGCCCUUGGAGCUCUGAGGCUGAGAAGAUUAAGACAAUGUACGAUAGCAUGAAAUUCAGGGUAGAGAAUGCUGUCGAGAGAGGGAAAGUCGGAGAUGAGUACAUCACCGGAGAAGAAGAGCGCAAAGCGUUUCUCAAAUGGACGGAUGGAUCCACACGCCAAAAUCAUCCCACUGUUAUUCAGGUUUUGUUGGAGAAUAGCAAAGACAAAGACAUCACUGGCCAUUUGAUGCCAAACCUCAUCUAUGUCUCUCGAGAGAAAUGCAAGACUUCACCCCACCAUUUUAAAGCUGGUGCUCUUAAUGUCAUGCUUCGGCUGUCAGCUGCCAUGACCAAUGCUCCAAUAAUCCUGACCCUAGAUUGUGACAUGUACUCCAAUGAUCCCUAUACGCCUCUUCGUGUGCUAUGUUACAUACUCGACCCUCAAGAUCGGUCCAAAUUAGGAUACAUUCAAUUUCCUCAACACUUUAAGGAGAUUAAUAAGACUGACACCUAUGCUUGUGAGUUUAAAAGUCUGUUUCAAAUCAAUCCAGUGGGUUUUGAUGGACUAGCUGGGCCUAACCAUGUCGGAACUGGGUGCUUUUUUCUCCGGCGAGUGUUCUUUGGAGGUCCCUCGAAGUUGUUAUCACCGGAAAUCUCCGAAUUGGGACCAUACCAUGUUGUGAACAAACCUAUUCGAUCCCAACCAAUCAUGGAAUUGUCAAAUAAGGUGGCGAGCUGCAAUUAUGAGAACCAGACCAAAUGGGGUUCUGAGAUGGGUUUCAGAUAUGGAUCACUGGUUGAGGACUACUACACAGGCUACCGGCUGCAGUGUGAGGGAUGGAAGUCCAUAUUCUGUAAUCCCAAGAGGGCAGCAUUUUUGGGUGAUGCACCCAUUACCCUUAUUGAUUUGCUAAAUCAACAAAAGCGAUGGGCCAUAGGCCUACUUGAGGUGGUUUUCUCUAAGUUCAGCCCACUAACCUUCGGGAUCAGAUCCAUGGGUCUUCUCAUGGGCCUUGCUUAUGCCCAUAUUGGGAUGUGGGCAUUUUGGUCGAUCCCAAUCACCAUUUACGCCUUCCUUCCUCAGCUAGCUCUCCUCAAUGGAAUUACCAUAUUCCCAACGGUAUCAGAGUCAUGGUUUCUAUUGUAUGUGUUUCUGUUCAUAGGAGCCUACGGACAAGAUUUCCUUGACUUUAUCUUCUAUGAUGGAACUCUCCAAAGAUGGUGGAAUGAUCAGAGAAUAUGGAUGAUAAGAGGAGUGACAUGUUACUUGUUUGGAUUCUCCGAGUUCUUUCUCAAGUCCUUUGGCAUUUCCACCCUUGGUUUCAAUGUGACAAGCAAAGUGGUUGAUGAUGAGCAAAGCAAAAGAUACGAGCAAGGAGUGUUUGAGUUUGGAGUUCCAUCGCCCAUGUUUGUGCCCCUAACAGCUGCUGCAAUUAUCAACUUGGUCUCAUUUGUUUGGGGGAUUUUGCUGGUUUUCAGAGGCAGCAAAUUGGAGGAGCUGUUUCUGCAGAUGUUCAUAGCAGGUUUUGUGGUGGUGAACUCUUGGCCAAUCUACAAAGCCAUUGUGUUGAGAACUGAUAAAGGAAGGAUGCCUGCUAGCACUGCCAUAAUUUCAACAUUUCUGGCACGUGGUCUUGUUUUUGCAGGUUCUCUCGCUCUGGGAGGCUGAGAUUAUGAACUUCGCUUUUAGUAUUUACUAGCUCAUAACCAGCGCUAUGUGCGGAAUUCUUUGUUAUAAUUUAAUUUCAGAAUUUAAACA